AUGGACCCGCUGGUCGCUGCGGUCUUCGGAACCAUUGUGGGCGCAGCCAGUGUCUUGGGAAACGCUCCUCUGGAUGGGAUCGAGACCCGGAUGCGGGGCCUGGAGCAGCACAAAUGCGGAACACACCGGCCUACGGCUGCAGAUCCUGAGGAAGGAGGGGCUCAAGGACCUCUACAACGGCACUGUCCCCCGCCUGGGCCGCUGGACCGCGUCUCCCUGGAUGUGACCAGGGAUAAGGGUAACAGUAUUUAUCCUCUACCAGGCGGUGGAGAAGCUGCACAACAGUGUGGAGGACGGACUAAGCCCAGAGGGGUCAUGAGGGAACCCCCCAGGCACCUCCAGAGCGGCCACCACCCUUGUCUCACAUGA